AUGAAGCGUUACGACGAAGAAGUUGCGAAUCGCGUGUUCGACGCCCACUGCCACGAAGAAUGGAUGCAAGAGAAAUACGUGCCGACCCGCAUCCAGCAGCGUCUCCGCGAGCGGUACGAGGAAAUCCACUCUCUUCAUCGUCGUCUCAGCGAAUUCAUCGCCACCGGCCAAAUCCUCACCGAGGUUUCCCCGUUUCCCCUUUUCAAGGGUAGGGCGAGAGCAGCUCCCCCUUCCAGCGCCGUCUGCAAGACGACAUCGACUCGCACUGCAUGUCUCAGCGGCCGACAGGCCUCAUCGCGUAGCUUCAUCGACAAUCUUCCCUACGGCUGCUCCCGCGCCGAGUUCCGAUCGCUUCUUUCUGCCCACGAAGGCGUCCAAGCCGUCUACGUCGGCCACCCGUUGAUCUGCCCGCCCUCCGGACUGUACCGCGCCGCUUGGGUGUGCACCGCCACGGCGGAAUCUGCGGAGAAGAUCGUGGAGGAGCUCAGCAAGGGCACGGAGUUUUUGAUCGAUCCGAUCACGCGAGAAAAGGGCCGAAUGAAGCUGAACUGCUCGCUGCAGUCCUCCUUCAAGCAGGCAUCGUGCAUUCCCGCGGUUCUGAACACGGCCGAAUCCGUCGCGGAGGACGUGUCGCUGAGUUUGAAGGCGCUGCGCGCGUUGGAGUCGUUCUGGGAGGUGGACGUGUCCAUGGAGCCCUGCCUGACAAUGCUGAAAGAAGUGCGUCCCGACACCACCGACGUGGACUGCGUGUAUGUCGUCGCGUGGUUUCUCCGGCAUGUUUUUGGCUUCGAUUAUUGGCGGGUGGCCGAGGACGAAGACUUCGGAAUUUCGCUGCAGAAAUUCGGCCGUGACAUGAUUCGGUCCGGCGGGCGAAACGGCAAUCCGUCGCAGUCGGAUCUGGACUGGGUGCGAAACCACCGCGAAUCGGUGGGGCGUUUCAUCGUGGAAAAGGAGAAGGAGACGGUGCGAGGAAAGCUGGAGGAGGAGACGGAGGCGCUGAAGCAGGAGAAGGCGAUUCGAGAGAGUAUUCCUGAGCUGUUGAAGAGUUUGGAGCGAAAGGAGGAAAAUUGGAAUUGCGAGGUGUGCGGAAAGGAGUUCGAGACGCAGGAAACGCUGGAGAAUCAUAUUCGAAAUUAUCAUAAUGAGAAGGUGGAGGGAGUUGUGUUGGAUAGAGUGCUGAAGGAGAUUUCGAAGGACAUGUACUUGAAUGAUAAGACGAAAAUCGUUCCGAUUAUUGAUGACCCGAAGACGAGUAAGUCUCACUAUUGCGUUGUUUGUUUUACACUUGGGAAGGACAGAUUUCUCGAUCUGCCUCAGAGGGUUGAACUUUAA